GCGCAGAAUCAAGCCCGGGGAUAGUGUUGGUCCGCCGGCUUCUCACUGGCGGGUUCGGCCAAAACCUCCAAGCCACGGAUCCCGCCAUACUGCGCCUUGUUUACGGUGAAGCCAAACCCCGGUAGCCUGCAGCUCAUCCCAUCCACCCAUAACAAUAUUAAAUACACAGCUCAUUCCCCAACUGCUUGACUCCGUACCUCCUCCCUCUCUCCCUCCGCACGGCCCCUUUCCCCCCUUCCCGUCACCAUGUACAUCCCCUCGGUGCUCCUACUGGCCGCCAGCCUGGUCCACGGCGCUGCGGCGCUGCCCACCCCCGACUCGAUCCCGAUUCCCCCCAGUCAGGAUCCCUGGUACACUGCCCCGGAGGGCUUCGAGCACGCUGAACCGGGUGCCAUCCUGCGCGUGCGGUCCGCCCCGGGCAACCUCACCACCGUGGUUGGCAACGCGUCUGCCGCCUACAACAUCCUCUACCGGACGACGGACAGUCAAUACAAGCCCUCCUGGGCCGUGACCACGCUGCUCCUCCCCUCCACCGCCGCCGCCGCCGCCGUCAACCAGAGCGCCCUCCUCUCCUACCAAAUCGCCUACGACUCGUUCGACAUCAAUGCCAGCCCCAGCUACGCCCUCUACUCCAACCCCCCAGCUGACAUCGCCAUCGCCCUCAACCGCGGCUGGUUCGUCAACGUCCCGGACUACGAAGGCCCUCUCGCCUCUUUCACGGCCGGGGUGCAAUCCGGCCACGCAACCCUCGACUCCGUGCGCUCCGUGCUGGCCUCAGGCUUCGGCCUCAACGAGGACGCCCGCUACGCCCUCUGGGGAUACUCCGGUGGUUCCAUCGCCAGCGAAUGGGCCGCCGAACUGCAAGUGCAAUACGCACCCGAACUCAACAUCAGCGGCAUCGCCAUCGGCGGCGUCAUCCCCAACGUAACCAGCGUGAUGGACACCGUCAGCUCGACCCUCAGCGCGGGUCUGAUCCCCCCAGCCACCCUCGGCCUCUCCAGCCAACACCCCGAAACCUACAACUACCUCAUCAGCCAACUAAAGACGACCGGUCCCUACAACCGCACGGGCUUCCUCGCCGCGAAGGGAAUGACCCUCGCGGAAGCGGAGAUCGCCUACGCGGAGCAAGACAUCUUCAACUACUUCCUCAACGGGUCGGCGACCUUCCAAACCCCGCUCGUGCAAAAGACUCUCGCCCAGGAUGGAUACAUGGGGUAUCACGGAUUCCCGCAGAUGCCGGUAUUCGCGUACAAGGCGAUUCACGACGAGGUGAGCCCGAUUCAGGAUACCGAUCGGUUGGUGAAGCGGUAUUGUGGCGUGGGGGUGAAUAUUUUGUAUGAGCGGAAUACGGUGGGGGGGCAUUCGGCCGAGCAGGUCAAUGGGGAUGCGAGGGCGUGGGCUUGGUUGGGGAGUGUGUUGGAGGGGACGUAUGCGCAGACGUAUAAGACGGUGGGGUGUACCAUUCGGAAUGUCAGUUGGAAUACUACGACGUCGCCGUUGUGAGGGCUCCUGGUGAUGGUGAGAGGAUGCUGUGGGCGGGAUGACGGUGUAUGCACCGUCGAUGUUAAUGUACAGUAAUGGACGGGGUGGAGGAUGGAUGGAUGAUGGUAAUG